AUGGCGCACAACAACGCUAGUGGUGUCGCGAACCGCGAAACGGCGAACCCGUCACAUUCGUCGUCGAUCGAUCGGGUAUCAGUGAAAGUGCCAUCAUUCAUACCCGCGGACCCGGAGUUGUGGUUCAGGAUGCUGGAGGGCGGUUUCGCAGCUGCAGGAAUAACGCAGAGCAGCACCAAAUAUGGCUACGUAAUCACAGCCCUCGAUCAAAGGUACGCUCUGGAGGUCCGCGACAUACUUAUGAGGGAAGAACAAUCGUACGAACUCUUAAAAACCGAGCUGAUCAAACGCCUUGGCUCUUCACGCGAGCAGAACACGCGUCGCCUGUUGGAGAACGAGCCUCUCGGAGAUCGUAAACCGUCGCAGUUCCUCAGGCAUCUUCGCGGUCUUGCCGGCAAGGAGUUCCCGGAGGACGUCUUGCAGACGCUCUGGCUGGGCCGUCUGCCUAGGCACGUCCAGGCCCUCCUCGCGGCGCAUCGGGACCUCACGCUCGAUAAGCGAGCCGAUAUCGCGGAUUCCAUCGCGGACUUGUACGGCCCGGCAGGUCUCAUCGCCGAGACGUCAACCCCCGCACCUCAGCCUGCCCGAGCACACGGUGACGAUCUGAUUCGUGUAAUGGCGGAGAUGGUACGGAGGCUCGAGGCGAUCGAGGUUAAUACCCAAGGAGCGCGUCAGCCAACUAGCGGAUCCUGCGAAGCCUGCGGAAGAUCGCGCUCACGCUCUCCGUCGCGCUCGCGUUUCCGGUCGCGCUCGCGAUCACGGAGCCAGCGUCCUGAUGCAGCUGGCGAGAUAUGCUGGUACCAUUGGCAAUACGGCGACAAGGCAAGAAAAGUGCGAAAAGCCGUGCAACGAUCGAUCCACCAAAAUUACUAUUCUUUAAUUGAUACGGGAGCCGACGUGUGGCGUAUUUCCCACGCUCGCGGCCUACCGGGACCUCGUACGAAAUCAAGUUACGAGCUCUCCGCGGCUAACGACACAACAAUCGCUACAUACGGAACAGUAGCGCUAGCUCUGGACUUUGGACUGCGACGGCAAUUCACCUGGAGGUUUGUCGUCGCCACGGUCUCCAAGCCAAUCAUCGGUGCAGACUUCCUCGUGCACUACGGACUCUUGGUGGACAUGAGGAACCAGCGGCUGUUGGACGCGACCACUCAACUCACCUCUCAUGGAAGGGUGAUUGAGUGUGACAUUCCGAGUGUUAAGACCAUUUCAGGCUCGUCGCGGUAUCACGAACUCCUCCACCAAUUCCCGGAGGUGACACGACCGGACGGAACCCCCAAGGCCGUAAGUCACUCGACGAGACAUUACAUCACCACCACACCAGGGCCGCCUGUCGCACAGAAGCCACGUCGACUUUCAACAGAGAAGUUGAAGGCGGCGAAGAAGGAAUUCGAGGCCAUGCUGCACCUGGGCAUCGCUCGCCCGUCACAGAGCUCCUGGGCAUCGCCCUUACACAUGGUGCCGAAAAAAGGCGAUGACUGGCGUCCUUGCGGAGAUUAUCGCGCCCUUAAUGCGAGAACCUGCCCGGACCGAUAUCCCGUGAGACACAUCCAGGAUUUCUCCCAGUCACUUCAUGGGAAAAACGUCUUUUCCACCGUCGAUCUGGUACGAGCCUUCAAUCAGAUUCCUGUCGCGGAGGAGGACAUUUCUAAGACAGCCAUCACGACGCCUUUCGGUCUCUUCGAAUUUGAGUACAUGACCUUCGGGUUGCGUAAUGCCGCGCAGACUUUCCAGCGCUUCAUUGACGAGGUGCUGCAAGGUCUGGAGUUCUGCUACGCAUACAUUGACGACAUCCUCAUCGCAUCAACAUCAGAAGCAGAACAUCUAAAACACCUGAGGAUUCUGUUCGAGCGGCUGAAGAAGUAUGGAGUCGUCAUCAACCCAGCUAAAUGCGUAUUCGGACAGCCCGAAGUCAAAUUUCUCGGCUACCUUGUUUCCGGCGCAGGGACGCGCCCGUUACCGGAGAAGGUCGACGCCAUACGGACCUAUCCACGACCCGACACGGUGAAGAAAUUACGUCAAUUCUUGGGCAUGUUGAAUUUUUAUCGAAGAUUCUUGCCCAAGGCUGCAGAGACGCAAGCACCACUUAACAACCUGCUGUCAGGCAAUGUUAAAGGGAAGUCGCCAGUCAACUGGACGUCAACAACUAUAGAGGCAUUUGAAGCAAGCAAGGAAUGCUUAGCCCAAGCAACCUUGCUGGCUCAUCCCGAGCCCGACGCAUCGCUCGCAAUCUUCAGCGACGCGUCAGACUACGCAGUCGGAGCAGCCCUACAACAACGGAUCGGAGACGCCUGGCAACCCCUGGAAUUCUUUUCCAAGAAGCUAAGUCCUGCGGAAGCAAAGUACGGAGCCUACGAUCGGGAGUUACUUGCUGUUUACCUAGCAAUCAAGCAUUUCAGGCACACCGUGGAAGGACGAUCAUUCACAGUUUACACGGACCACAAACCUCUCGUCUAUGCGUUCCACAAGAAGUCGGCCCAAUGUUCACCUCGACAAUUCAGACACCUGGACUUCAUCGGACAAUUCACCACCGAUAUCCGCCAUGUUUCCGGGGAGGACAACGUAGUAGCAGACGCUCUGUCACGCGUAGAGGAAGUUGAGCAUACGCUCGAUUACGAAGCCUUGGCAGCAGCCCAACAACAAGACGAAGAGCUCCAGCGAUAUCUAGAGGAAGACUCCACCCUCUUAAUAAAGAAGGUACGCAUCCCCGGCACCGACGUUGCAGUUUUUUGCGACGUCUCAACACAGACAGCGCGGCCCUUCGUUCCUCAGGAGUUCAGGAAAGUCGCAUUCGAUUCGCUGCACCAGCUGUCCCACCCGGGAAUCAACGCGACGGUCAAGCUCGUAACCCAGCGCUACGUAUGGCCGUCGAUCAAAGCUGAUUGCAGACAAUGGGCCCGCAGCUGCAUCCAAUGCCAACGCGCCAAGAUCUCUCGCCAUGUCUCAUCACCUGUCGGUACAUUCGCACCACCUUCUGCCAGGUUCGAGCAUAUACAUAUUGAUAUCGUAAUCAUGCCACCGUCUGAGGGAUACCGAUACUGCCUAACUAUGGUAGACCGAUACUCUCGCUGGCCAGAAGCUGUUCCCCUGCAGGAUCAAGAAGCUGCAACUGUCGCACGUGCUCUCUACGACGGAUGGAUAUCUCGGUUCGGCACGCCGUUGAGAAUAACCACGGAUCAAGGCAGACAAUUCGAGUCGUAUCUUUUCAAGCAAUUAAAUCACUUGUUAGAGCCUUCCCACCGUCUUGCUGGGAUCCGCUCAGCUUGGAAAGAGGACCUGCAAGCCACGGCAGCCGACAUGGUCUACGGACAGUCGCUACGCCUCCCGGGCGAGUUCUUAGGAUCUCUCCACCGCGAAAACGCAGCGGACAACGUGUCAGAUUUCAUCAAGGAGCUACGCCAACAUCUGAGGGAAUUGAGACCGACGAAGAUAUCUCGCCACGGUACGGGGAAGACAUUCAUUUUCAAGGACCUUGCUACCUCGGAGGAAGUCUUUGUACGCCAUGAUGGUCUCAAACAGCCUCUGCAACAGCCGUAUGACGGCCCGUACAAAGUCAUCAAAAGGGCAGAAAAGACGUUCGUGGUUCGUAUGAACGGCCGGGACGUUACGGUUUCUAUCGACCGCCUUAAACCAGCGUACAUCAUGGCCAAUGAUCCAGUCGUCUCUCAGGAUGGCAACAACGAGGAGGACGUUCCAGGCCCUUCCGAAAAGGGCACAAUUGGAAAAAGAUUAAGAAAAGAAGAAAGAAGAAAGGAUGAGGACAGAGAAAGUAUUAUUCAACAAGAGCGAAGAGAGGAGGAUGGAGAGGAGGAUGGAGAGGAAACUGGAGAAGAGACGAUACAGGAGUCUGGAGAGGAGGAUGGAGAGGUGGAAGAUGGAGAGGAGGAAGAGGAGGAUGGAGAGGAGAAGAGGAGGAUGGAGAGGACGAGAAUCUGGCUCUGGGCCAGUUUCAUUUUUUAA